UCGUUACAUCUCUAGUUGUGUAUCAAAAUAUUUAGCUUAAAUGCAAUGUAUUGUUGAAAUCUUUAUAACAUACAUCUAUUCUGACAGCUGUAAACAUGCUAAGUUCAUUACCAAUGGAGAUAUAUUUUCAUUGCUGAAAAAAGGACGUAUGGAAUGUAUGGAUAUGGUGCAUGUGAGCAUAUCCAUUAGCUCCUGGUUACUGGUGACGGUGACUUGCCGGCCUAUGAAAGCUUUUUAUCCUUUGAGAAGCUUUCAGUGAGAAAAUCCUCUACAUGUGUUUAUGUGUUUUCUCAGUACCAUGACUUGGCUAGAUCUGGUAAAUUGUGAUUGGUGUAGAAGCUUAUCUUGCUGUUAUAUGUGGCAAAUGUGAUUUCCUUCUAACUGUCGCAAAAGCAUGAUUCACCUAUGAAAUAGUGCAUUCCUGGGAGGUGGCUGCAAAAAAUAGUGGUUUCUCAUUUCCCAAAUUCGUACAGUGGAUGACUUAUGUUUUUUUGCAUUAUAGAACAGAAAAAGUUUUGAAAAAGCAGAGAAUGUAAAAUGGACAGAGAAAAUGGAGAUUCAAAAAGCUGCAGGGAAAUAGAGAUUAAUCAACUAAUGGAACGGGUCCAUGAACAGGAGACUUUGCUGGUCGCGAGACAAGAGCUGUUGGAAACGUUGGAAAGUGAAGUGGAGACACUGCAGAAGACAAACGGUGAUCUAAACUUUCAGAAAUCAAAGCUUGAACACGAGGUGAAUCAGUAUCGCAGUGAAUUAGAAAUAGCGAUAAAAGAAAAAGCAGCUAUUGAUCAGGAAUUGUAUCACACACAGCAGUUAAUUGAACAGUAUGAAGCCAAGAGAAAGAAAAUGGAAGAAGAGAAAGAAAGAGAGGCAGAGUUACAAAAAAUCCAGGUGAAUGCAAAUGGUUUGGCUCAUCAACCUUUAGCAUCUGACAUAGGGACAGAUGAGAGUCAGGCCCGCAUAUCUGCAGUUAGAGAGGAGGAGUUAGAUGCACUGCAGCAGAAACUUAGCAUGACCCAGGAAAAAGCAGAAGCAGCUGAGAACAAAGCACACAGCUUUAAAAAACUGCUGGACGAAAGCAAUAAUAUAUUGCAGAAACUUCAGAUGGAAACUGAAACUGAAAGAAUCAGCAUGAGACAGAAGUCAGAAGAUCUCCAACAGCAAACACUGAACAUGAGGAGAACCAUCAGUGACCUUCAAGAGGAGAUCAGGUCUCUCCAAAGAGUCAAGUCCUCACUGGAACAGAAAGCUUUUUUCCAAAACACUGAAGUUGAAGGCCUUAAAGAGCAGCUGAAGAUCACACAGGGAGAACUUCAAAAGAAAAGCUCCAUGGAGCAGGACAAGAUGAACAAAAUGAGCAACUUAGAAGAAGAGUUAGGCUCCAAAGAGGCGGUGAUAGAUCAGCUGAAGUUCAAAUGUGAUGAACUCAGGAGAAAAAAUGUGUCUUCAGAUAGUGAUAUGAGACAUCUUCAGAUCCAAGCUGAGUCCCUAGAAAAAGACAGGUUACUUUCUGAGCAAAAGAUUAUGUCUUUAAAGAACGAGAUAGAGAGCUGGAAACAGCAGCUUCAGAUGUCUAAGGAGGAAAGUAUCUCAAAUAAAAGGUCUGAGCAGGCAUCCCAACUCAGAUAUAAAAAUCUUGAAGCCGAGUUUCAGAAAAGUGAAUUUGUGGCUUCUCAGUUGCAGAAGCAAGUAGACGAGUUAAAACAGAUAAAGACGGAAAUCGAAAACAACCUGAAGAAUGUUAAAGCCGAACUCGAUCAGGUGACUAUGGAAAGUGACAGCAAGGAUCAGCAAAUUAAAAUUUUUAAGUCUCAGGUGGAGGGCACAAAAUCACAGUUUAGAAUCAUCGAGGAGGAGCUUAAUAAGAAAGCACAGAUUUACCACGAGCUUCAAAUGAAACUCCAAGAUUACAACGAAGAGGUGAAAGACAUGACUGAACUGCAGCAGAAAAACCAAAUGCUUAACAUGAACGUCGCCAGUUAUGAAAAACAAAUAAUGACCCUAAAGUCAGAGCUUAAGUCGUUGUUUGAGGAAAAGAAUUUAGCAAUCAGAAGAUUCCACCUGCUAAAUGCUGAAAUUAAUGAUCUGAAUAUGACAGUGAAGAAAAAAAAUGCAGAACUACAAAAAGAAUCUGCUGAGAGUCAGAGACAGCUUGAUAAAGUGAAGUCAUUGGAAAGGGAAUUUGUGAAAUAUAAGCACAGUGUUAGCUCAGAUAAAGUAACAGAAAAUCUAAUGCAGGAGAUGAAUGUUCUUCAGAAUGAUAAGAAAGCAGCAGAGAAGAAAGCAGAAACCUUAAAUUCUAAAGUUUCCGAAUUAAGCUCAUCUUUACAACGAGCCAAAGAGGAAUUAACCAAAGAGACGGUAGAAAGAAAAGUCAAAGAUUCGAAGAUAAUUCAGCUGGAGAAUGAGCUUCAGAAAGCUAAAAUCAACAUGAAAGAAGAAACGUCUAGUUCUGAUAAAUCCAGAUCGAAUCUACAACAUGAAAACACGCUCCUUAAGAGGGAGAAAGCAGACACGGAAAACAAAAAUAUCUCAUUAGCGUCUGAAAUUAAAAUCUAUAAAGACAAGCUUCAGCGUAGCCAAACAGAAGGAGAACAAAAGCAGAAAGAAAUACUGUCCUUCAGUUACAGGUCCUGCAGAUUGAAGAACAACUGGGCAACUGUAAGAAAAUGCUAGAGGAGUUAAAAAGUAAGUUACAGCUUCAGAAAGAGGGUUAUGAGCAGCAGUUGUCAUUAAUGCAGACUGAAUAGAGAGGAAGUUGAUAUUAGUGCAAUCUGAAAUCAAGGGAUUCUCACAUGACGGAGAAUUAGCAGAAACUUUCACACAAGUAUUUCAAUCGAGACAAAAAAGUGGAGUUAAGACAACAAUCAGACCAGCAAACACAGAUCAAAAUAGACAAACUGCAGCAAGAAACAGCAAAGCUUAGUCAAAACGUAUCCGAGCC